AAGUAAACAAGUAAAACAAUGGACUUUUACUAGAUACAGGCAUGCAUUAUUAAGUUGAUUAGAGUCUUGUUUUUGGAAUAUUGUAUGAGACAGCAUAAAGUCUGCACUAGUUUUCAUGAAAACUAGGUGAAUUAAUAUAGUGUGACUACAAUCCAUUUAGUAAUUGGAUGAAUAAACCCAAUUACUAAAACCAAGUUUGAUACAUAACACAAGAUUGUAAUCAACAACGCUAAAUUGGUUUCAUGCUUCACAACAGCAACAUCUAAACCCACGAUUACACGCAACAAUUUAGCAACAGAGAGCUUGUUCUUGACUUACCUAAUCGCAACGGUGGACUAUUGAACGGCGGCGGAGAGGCAGAAGCUCAGCCGUGUGAGUUUGGGAGCGAGGCGGCGUGUAAGGUUUGUUGCGCUGUUUGUAUUUUUGCACUAAUGGGAAGGGAUAACCCUUCUAAUUAAAAGAGAAAGACAAGAGUGAAACCCUACAUAAUUCGAUCUCUCGUCUCGCCCUAACCCCCAAAAUUCAGAAAUCAGAAUCCCGCGCCCUAAUUCCUCGCCGCUGAUCCAAUCGGAGCCCCGCCCCUCCCUCUCUCUCUCGUCUUGCCGCUUGCCCUGCCUAUUGCUUCCGAAUUGCCAGCGCUCGCGAAAUUUGUUGGAGCUUGUGUUUGAAUCUCGACAUGGAUCCUAAGCACUCAGGAAACGUUCUCAAGCAUUUGGAGAAGCAAAAGGAGCUUUUGAUGGAUGCAUACAGAUCAAUGUCUCAUGAAUUGCACAGAAUCCAGGUAGAGGAAGAAAUGUUAAUGCGCAAGUAUUAUGAGUUUAUGACUGCUCAAGAGAAGAAAACUAAAGAUGAUGAACAAGGUAGUGAAGCUGGAACAAUGGUUGUUGCUGCUAGCAGGGAAGAACAAUCAUGAUUCAUGAUAUCUUCUGCUCCAUCAUUUUCUAUCAAAUUCUGUUUUCGAAUACAACACUUAUUUGGAUAGGUCUGCUUCUUUCAAAUCUUUUUGAUGUAGUCCUCAAAUUUCUUUGUAAAUACUGAGUCUCUAUAAUUUCACUUUUUCUUUGAUUCUA